AUUUUCUUUUCAGUCCGUGCUUGAAAAACAUUCAGAACGUUUGUUGCGCUCCUACAAGUCGUCAAGAAAAGAAGAAGCGGAAGUGAUAAAAAAAUCUUUUUUUUUCGAAAAGAAUUUAAAUCAUCUUCAAACAACCGUCGAAGGACAAAAGUAUUAAAAAAGCAGCAAAUUGUUGUUAAAUUGACUCAUAUCUAGUCUUACCAAAAAAAUUGUAAAGAACACGUUUCUCUAAAACAAAAAAACACACAAAAUCAUGUCAGCAUCACCAAUUGCGAGACAAGCAUGUUCUCAUGCCCAAGCGAUUCCCUCACGGAAAGUCCUGAUCACAGAUCCGUCGCAAAUGCCCGACGUUUAUUCGUCGACUCCCGGAGGAACUUUGUUCAGCACAACGCCCGGAGGCACUCGCAUUGUGUACGAACGCGCAUUUUUGAUGAAUCUGAAGAAUUCGCCUCUCAGCAGAACACCGCCAAAUAACGUACCUCUCGGAUUGUUGAAGGGACAACCGAAUAUUCCGAUUAACCGCAAGACGCCUCCAAAGUCGAAUCUUGCGACAAUGAGCUCACCGCCAAAGCACCAAAAUCAUCUGAAUAACAACAGCAGCAAUAACGACGAUCAGUUCGAUAUGGACAUGUAAAAACAAAAAUUUUAGACGCUUAAUUUUCUUUGUUCUUUCCUAGUUUUAAUGUUUAAUGUUAAAAAAUUAAUGAUUAAUAUGAUUAAUGUACUGAUCAGUGAUUUAUAAAAAAAAAGAUGAAAAUUUUGACUUUCUUUUGUGAAAGUUUUAUAUUUUUUAAGAAUCGACUUUUGUUUAAAGUUUACUAUGAAAUAAAAAUUAUAAAUAAUUUUUAAGAUUA